AUGGACUCGACACCGCGACACCCAAAUCGCUUCAACGAUCCUAUCCCUUCAUCCUCACCUGCAUUUGGGACACCGGCGCGUCCGUUUCGAUUGCAAAAGGGAAAUGCACCGCCAAAAACUUCAAUUUUGCCGAUCUUGCUCCCUCCAUCAACCCUACGCCCUGUCGCCUUCCGAACUUUUACCCGCAAACACAAUCUCACCAUCUCGUCUUCAGCAUUGCAGACACUAGCUGUCUUUGUAGGCAAGAACUGUGGCUCAGGAUGGCGCGAGGAAGGUCUCGCAGAGCGAGUUCUGGACGAGAUAGCCAAGAUAUGGAAAAGAGCCGGCGGAGGCGUGAUUGUGGAGGAAGGCAAAGGCGCAUCAUUGAAGAACAUACUGCAGACCCUUGAAGGCAGUAUGAGCGGUGGAAGGGUGGUUGCUGGUAAAACACAAGAUGGUAAACCGUCAGCACUUGGCAUGGAUGAUGGGCACAUUGAAACAGCCGAGUCUUUGGGAAACCCCGCCAACGAAGAAGAGGAUUCAAAGCUAUCUCUUCAUCCCAGACACUGGCUUAAGAUCGUUGAUGCCUUUGACCUUCCACGCCUCACGUAUAAUGUCAACAAGAAAUACUUCGAGGCCAUCAAGUCCAAGCCAUCCUUGUUUCCCUCGCCAGCUCACAAAACUGCCCUCUUCCGGGACCGAUACAACCUCAUUUACCAGCGAUUGCUGCGCAAUGAAGCAUUCCAAAGCUCAUUGGGAUCCGCUGGUGUACCCUCCUUGCAACGUUCUUCGUCCAAUCUUGCACAGCGCCAGUCCUAUAAGCUCACACCCAUCGCCAAUCUGCUGGGUAGGACUGGAACCUCUCAUUUGCUUCUAGGAUUACUUUCAAUCUCUGCUACGGGUGAUUUGUCCCUUGUUGAUCUAUCCGGAAGCGUGGCAUUGGAUUUGAGCCACGCUCGAAUGAUUCCUGAGGAUGGCGCAUGGUUUGCACCCGGCAUGAUUGUGCUUGUGGAUGGUAUCUAUGAAGAGGAAGAAAUGGUCAAGGGCGCUGCUCUUGGUGGAAAUACAGGCAUUGGAGGUGCAAUCGGUGGCCAAUUCGUUGGUAUAUCAAUUUGUGGGCCUCCGUGCGAAAGACGAGAUAUCUCUUUGGGCACAAGCAACCGCCAUGAUAGCGGGCAGAUGAGUUCCAGCGGUGGAUUCGGAUGGGUCGAUUUCCUGGGACUUGGAAGUGAACGUGCCCAAGGCGCGCGAAUGAAAAGAAUCCAAGAAAAAUGUCUCAAAAACGACCAAGAGACCAUGGAAGCACCACCCAGGCUCAAAGUCGCAGUCAUGAGUGAAAUCAAUUUGGAUAACAUGAGGACAUUGGAUGCACUCAAAAAGGUCUUCAGCACUUACAAUGAUCUUGCUCUUCGGGAACGUCCACAGGCCUUUAUAUUAAUCGGCAAUUUCGUGCAGAGAGCCAUUAUCAGUGGAGGUGGCCGAGCUGGAAGCAUUGAGUACAAAGAAUACUUCGAUUCCCUAGCGCUGGUGCUGUCCGAUUUCCCAGCAUUGCUUCAACACUCCACCUUCGUCUUUGUACCGGGUGACAAUGACCCGUGGGCAUCAGCCUUUUCUGCUGGGGCAGCCUCCACAGUCCCCCGACAGCCGAUCCCGGACCUGUUCACCUCCCGAGUGAAACGCGCCUUUGCAACCGCGAACUCUGAGCUUGGGGCCCAGCACACAGAGCCAGCAGGCGAGGCCGUGUGGACUUCAAACCCGGCACGCCUUUCUUGGUUCGGGCCCGUUCAUGACAUCGCCGUAUUCCGUGAUGACAUGUCAGGACGACUGAGACGCAGCGCUGUAAACACGACGCUUGACAGUGAGGACCCUGACAUUACAAUGCAGGACCCGUCUAGCAGUGCUGGUACCUUCGCCCAGGGUAACAGCCAAAUUGAUGAUCUGGGUCAGCAAGAAAGUACCAAAGCUACUGCUGCAUCUGGGGCGACCAUGGCUCGCAGACUGGUCAAAACGAUCUUGGACCAGGGAACGGUUUCGCCAUUCCCAUUGCCAUUGCGACCUAUUUUGUGGGAUCAUGCCUCUUCUUUGCAGUUGUAUCCGUUGCCAACUGCAUUGGUCCUUGCGGACCCAGAGGCCGCCCCGUUCUGUAUGACAUAUGAAGGAUGCCAUGUCAUGAACCCUGGGCGGUUAGUACCUGAAGGUGGCACCCCGACGGCAAGGUGGAUUGAGUAUGAUGUGUUGCGCAACCGGGGAAAGAUCAGAGAAGAGCGUUGUUAA